AUGGCGCAUCCAAAUGGCCAACAGACCUACUAUGACCCGUCCAGUAACCCCUCGCAGCCAGUGUCCGGUCGCUAUGAGAGUUACUCGCCGCAUCGCAGUCCUACACAUAACCAGCAGCUGCCGAGACGCAUGCCUAGCUACAAUGCGGGAGACGAUUCUCGAUGGUUCAAUAGCGCUCGCUUUCCCGAAGUGGGCGCGAUCGAUGGAAACAUGCGAUACGCGGUACAAAGUGGUGGGCAUGAAAGCGAUGUCGGACAGGGGGGCUACAACACACACAUGAGAUACGAAGAUGAUGAUGAAAUUGGAUUCUCGCAACCUUCACCUGAUAUACAACGCAUGUCACCCACCCGCUCGGCCUCGCAGUCAACUAUGCCUACCUACCAGUACCAGUACCAGUCUGCGCCGAGUCAGCAAGCCUACAAUCCCCAGCAGUACGCCCUGCCACAAUCGCAGACACAACCGAAUCUGAGCUAUGACCCUUCAUCCUAUGCUUCUUCCGCCAAUCACCCCUACAACAACUCGGGUCCAGGCUACCAACCCUAUAACCCCGCGGCAUAUAAGCCGGGCGCAGUUUCAGGCCUGGCAUCUCCGACACUUACUCGACGUCCCAGUGAAUCCUCCCAUUAUGAACGUACAUCUCCGAACCCGCAAUUAUAUGGAUUUUCUCAGCAGCCUCCAGCUCCUCCCCCUCGAGGCGCUGAUCAUCCUUAUGGGUCGCGUCCGUAUGGGUCAUCUGUUACAUUGAGUCCACAGGCCCCGAACGCCACCUACACAGCUUACCAGACAGUCUCUUCUCCCAUUUCUACUUCGUAUGCGGCUUUGAAUUCACCUUCGGGGGCUUAUUUGCCCCAAUCGGCAUCCCAACCUUAUUUCCCCACGUCUCAUGGCUUUGGAUCUGAUUCCUCGUACCCCACUCCCACGAUUCCUCCAAUCGGCACUAGCUUUGAUGAACAGCCCCCAGAGCCUCCCGCGCACCAAACACAAGGCAAUGGGAAUUAUGGGAAGCGAACUAGCAUGUCUCACGCUGGUCGCACUCUACCCACGCCUCCAUUGCAGCAGGAUUUACCAAUAUUGGCCCCCAGGCGAACUGACACUUUCAACCGACAUCCGCAGGCGCGGCCCUUACCGGGUCCCCCAGUUGAUGCCGAAUAUGACCCUUUAGGUAACGAUGAGCUGAUCAAGGAACUUGAGUCAGCAGUACAUGAUACCCAGGCGAGCUCUACACGGCGUCAUAGCUCAAGAAAAUCGAUGCAGAGCGGCUCAGGCUCGCAUGCCGCCUUGUCUCCAGAUGAGCGCCAUACACACACUAACGGUAGCAAGGCAACAGGCACGGGUCAUUUUGUGAACUACGGUGCGUACAGUGACGAUAGUGAUGCCGAAGCUGAGGCGGGGCUUGCCAUGUUGCAAAUGGCCGAAGAAGAAGAUAGGGCUCAGCAAGAGCGCGCAAGACUCCAACAGCGUUCGCGAACAGAUACAAAUGCUUCGGUUUUUAGCUCUCGCGGAUCUCAUAAUUCGGGUCAGGGUCCAUCGCCUCAGUCUACCACUCACGAAGAAAGUGAAUUCAUUGGACAUGAUUUGGCGCUUUAUGGGGGAGGCUACCACGGGAAUCUUCAAUACGGAAGCGAGCCUGUUUACAACUCGGAGGAGUAUCCGGACACGCCUGCUGGAGGGUUUACAGGAACAUCUGGCUCUUUUCGGAGUUCCAACAUCUCCCCCGACGAACGUCAGGAAUACUUCGACGACUACAACCAUCCAAAUAUUGCGUAUGAAUAUGCCAACCGCCUUCAUCAUCUUCCACCGGAUGCCCGUGUUGAUGCUGGCGGCACAGGUGGGCUUGCAGCUCCCGGGGCAUAUGAUCGACGCAUGAGCUUCGAUUACGGCGAGGAGGCCGAGAGCCCAUAUGAGGGACACCAGGAUGCGGAGCAUUCUGAUGAUGAAAGUCCACUGCGAACGGCGCAUGAGGAUCUUUUCUUCCAUCCUGGAAUGCGUCCGCUACCACCAGCCCCCGUGGAAUCUACUGGAUCCUCCAUUUAUUCACAUUUGAUGCCUGCUGGCACGUUCAAGCCUCCGGAUCUUGAUGACGCGCAGGAUCAUGCGGAUUACAACCAAACAAACUUAUUGGAAUCAGCUGACUUGUAUGGAGACCUGCUCAGUCCAUCUCAAGUUCCGCGGUCGUCAUCACUGUCCAACCCAAUUGGACCUCGUGCUGACCCGCCUAUCAGGUCGAAGACCGAUGCAGAUCGAGUCAAAUACAAGCAGCAACAGGACCUCUUCUGGCAACUUCAGAGCAAGGAGCCCACAGAAAUAGACUCAGCAGAGGCAGCCGCCUCCAUAGCACUAGAUCUGCCAGCGAUUCCUGCUGGGCGUCGCAAGAAGUUCAACCUAGCGAAGCUCUCUUCCGAGCAAUUCAAAAAAUGUACUGAGCCAUGGGCCCUCGGCUCUAUUCUAGCUUGGAUUCGCGACAUGUGUGAAGAUGAGAAUGAUCUCAGGGUUCACACUAUUGUCGAUGCAAUUGUAGCACUAUUUACACACAAGGUUCCGACGAUGAACAUCGCAGAUGCUGAAACUCUUGCAGCGCGUGUGGUGAGUGGCAUGCUUGAGGAAGAUGCCCUGGUCAAGGAUGAGGAGUGGGUCAAGUUUGGCAAUGGAACGAUUUCGGGCGUUUUGUUUCAGAUUACGGGAACUGGCUGCUAUUCGAGGGUGCUUCACGAGCACGAGAUACACAUUCAGGAUUCGGAUUCAUAUGCACGCUGCUACUCUCAUCACUGCAUGCGAACCCUGAGGAAGGUCAACCUCAAAGCGCAGAUGAUGGCGCCGCAGAAGAAGAUUGAGGAUUGGAUGACCUUCUACAAAGUGCCCAAAGAGCUUCUUAAUUCCCAUACAAGGAUGGAAAUUGAUCGACAAAAUAAUCUCCACGAGAUUGUGACCACCGAGGAUGCCUUUAUUGGCCAACUAGAUGUCCUACGAGAACUCUAUCGAGACCAGUUGGCCAAGAUGAAUCCUCCCAUUAUCCCCAUCAAACGCCUGAACAAGUUCCUAUUGGACGUGUUUGGUAGAGUAGAUGCGGUUAAAAAGGUCAAUGAGGACUUCCUACUGGCGCAGCUCAAGUACCGUCAAAAGGAGCAAGGCCCCUUCAUUGUGGGAUUCAGUGACAUCUUCCGAGAAUGGAUCCGGAAAGCCAAGAGUUUCUAUAUCGAAUAUGCUGCCACAUUUCCGACUGCGAAUUACUACGUUCGCAAGGAAGCCGAGCGCAAUCCUCAUUUCAGGCAAUUCUUGAAUCAAGUUCGUGACCAUAAGCUGUCCAACCGUCUCAGCUGGGACACCUUUCUCAAAGCUCCCAUCACUAGAAUUCAACGCUACACUCUUCUCCUUGCCACUGUUCACAAGAAUAUGGUCAAGGAUAGUGAAGAAAAGACCAACGUAGCACAGGCUAUUGAAGAAAUCAAGAUUGUGGCAUUGGAGUGCGACAACAAGGUUGGUGAGAUGAACAGGAAAGCCGAUUUGAUGGAGCUCUCAACCAAGUUGCAGCUGCGACCCGAGAUGAAAAAAGAAGUGGAACUUAACUUGGAGCACCUCGGCCGCAAAAUAAUCUUCCGCGGUGAUCUUCAGCGCCCAGGAACCAGAACUCGUUUUCUUGUCGAUACACAUGCCAUCCUACUGGACCACUACCUUGUUUUGGCCAAGUCCACAACAGUACGAGACCCGACCAGAACGAUCAAGAUUGAACGUUACGAUGUCUCAAAACUGCCUAUACCCAUGGAUUUGUUGGUUCUGGAAAGCACUAAUGAUGAUCCUGUCAUUAAAUCUGCGGUGAGAGGUGUUGCAACUUUGACUCCCCAAACCGCAGUGGGCCCAUUGAAUCACCAGGGCCCUGGUACUCAGAAUGGUGUCGCAUCCCUGGACUCUAAGGAUGAUAAAAUCCUCUAUCCGUUCAAAAUCAAGCACCUUGGCAAGAACGGUACCUAUACUCUGUACGCAUUAUCUUCGAGGAGCCGCAAAGAUUGGUGUCAGAAGAUCAUCGAAGCGAAGACCAAUCAUGCUGCUGCCCUGUUCUCUCAAAAUGCAGAGCCAUUUCGAUUGCGUGUUCUUGCGGAUACUGCAUUUGGAUUUUCUGAUCAGGCGCAUGGUUCAAAGAGUGUUACCAUUAUGGGGACACCACUGCAUCGUGCAAUCAAGGAAGUUGAGAAACAGUAUGAGAAAUCGGGUCCCCGUCCAUCUCCUGUCUGUAGAACUACGGUGAACUGUGCGACAGUUUUCCAGCAGCCUCCGGGCCGAAUGAUGUGUACGGUUGGAACGGAUUACGGAGUCUUCAUGUCUGAUCUCAGUAACCCGCGUGGAUGGUAUCGGGCUAUUUCCAUCUCGAGGGUCACUCAAGUUGCUGUUUUUGAAGAAUUUAACUUGUUCCUGCUUAUUUCGGAUCGAUCACUUAUUGCAUAUCAUCUCGACGUGGUAUGUCCACCCAGCGGAGCAGCUUCUCAGUCUGGGGACUCUGCUCGCCGAGCUCCACAGAAACUUUCCGGAAACCGAGAAGUGGGAUUUUUCGCCGCAGGACGUAUGAAAGACCGAUACUUGGUCUUAUACAAAAAGCGAGAUGGACUUUCGUCCACUUUCAAGGUCCUUGAACCCAUCAUCCAUAAAUCCGCCUCAUCCAAAGGUCGUUUGUUCCAAACACGCCGCGGGCAAACAGAAUUCUUCCGUGAAUACGACGAAUUCUACAUUCCAACUGAGAGCUACGGCAUCAACAUGUUCCACUCCUCCCUCGCCAUCUCCACUCAACGUGGUAUUGAAGUUCUCAACCUGGACAAGAAGCAGACCUGGUCUGUGCCCGACUUCCGCUCCGACGCAACGCCUGACGCCCUUGAUACCCUCACUAGCAUCUCCCAUCGAACUAAAGACCUCCGCCCACUGGGCAUGUUCCGUCUCAGUGAAAGCGAGUUCUUGGUAGUGUAUCAAGAAUGUGCCGUAUACGUUAACAAACACGGUGAUGUCUCUCGCAGCGUGGUAAUGGAGUUUGUGGGCAGUGCCCACACAGCCUGUCUCUACGGCAAAUUCCUCAUCCUAUUCAACGACGACUUUGUCGAGGUGCGCAAUGCAAUGAACGGCCGCCUGAGACAAGUAAUUCCAGGCCACGGCGUAGUCUGCCUCGAUGAUGGCAGCAAGUUACCUGGUUCAUUCGCCCAAGCCAACGGUGCUAGCAACGGCAUCUUAAACAACACCAACAACACCGUCAAGAUCUGCAUGCAACACCCCGAAUAUGAACGCAGCCAGAUCGUCCUCGAGCUAGUUGAGAACGAAGGGCAGAAGGAUUGA